AUGGGUGGUCCACAAGCAAAAGCAUACAUGGGAUGGUGGGGUCAUUUAGGUAGCCCAAAGCAAAAGGGUAUUACCUCUUAUGCUAUAUCGCCGUAUGCCCAAAAACCACUGGCACAUUCUUUUAAGAAUGCCUACUCUAAUUCAUUUAGAAGAUUCAAAUCCCAAUUCUUAUUUGUUCUUAUACCUGCUGGUAUCUACUAUUAUUGGUGGAAGAAUGGUGAAGCUUACAACGCUUAUCUUUACUCUAAAGCUGGUAGAGAAGAAUUAGAAAGAGUUAAUAACUAA